AUGGCGGAAUUUCAGAAGGAGGCAGGACUGCCCGAAACCAUUCGGGAGAACGGAGACGAAGAGGAGCCGGCUAAUUCAAAGGCAGAGGAGAUGGACACCUCAGAAGACCUGCAAGAUGACAACCUGAUCGAACGGGAACGCUUCCACAGUUCUAAUAAUGAGCUGCAAGAUGGACAUUUGGCAGUUAGGAGGAAUGUAAUAUUAGAACGAACAAAAUUCAACCAAAGACAACAAGAAGCAGGAGAGACUGCUGAUGAUUUUAUCUCUGCACUUCAUUGUUUGUCAGAACAUUGUGGUUAUGGAGCUCUACUCAGUGAGAAAAUAAGAAACAGGCUAGUCAUGGGUUUACGUGACAAAAGACUGUCUGAGCAAUUACAAAUGGACCCAGAAAUAACACUGGAUGAAGCUGUCACACGCAUUCGUCAAAAGCAACAGGACCUGCCGGAGAAUACCUUCAAAGCUACCAGCAAUGCUGCAAAUAUAGAGGGUGUGCUUUCACAUAGCAAACAGCAAUGCCCAGCCAAUUCCCAGUGCCAAUCAGAGAAGAAUAAAAACACAGAAAGACCACAACAACCCCAAACAACGCAGGAGAAUGAAGAGGAUCCUCUAGAUACUGAUGACUUCAUUGAGGAUUUCAGACCUGGAGGAGAAAAGCCUCACUACUGCGCCUACUGCGGUCAGAACUUUCAAAAAAGGAUGCAUAACAAUCAAUGGAAGACCCUGAUCAGAAAGUCAGCCAGACGAUGUACACCAUUGAAACAAAAAAAACUACAACCAGGAGGAUCACACACCUCACAAAGCCGGCUUAAUCAUCUUGUAUUUGACUUCAUAGAGGAUGUGCAACCCUUUUCACUAGAAGAGGUGCCUUCAUUCCGCAAGCCAGUAGAAGGAAUCAGUGGGGGAGAAAGGUCAUGUGUAGAAAGACCAUUGAUUCGAUGAAUUGCAGUGGCAAUUUAUAUUGACUACGUCCUUCCAAGCUUGCUCAUAAGUUUCUUAAUCAAAAUUACGGAUUGCCUCAUAUCCACUCAUCGUUCCCUUAUGCCAUACUUUCUACAUCUCAAUUGUCAGUAGAAACCACAUUUGUUUAAUAACCUCUACAGGAACGGUGUCCACCCCACGGGACGGUUAAGCUAACGUAGGUUAAUGUGAUUAGCAUGAGGUUGUAGGUAACAUGAACAUUUCCCAGGUUAUAGAUAUAUCUGAUAUGGGCAGAAAGCUUAAGUUCUUGUGAAUCUAACGGCACUGUCCAAUUUACAGUAGCUAUUUCAGUAGAAGAAUAUGAUGCUAUUGUUUGAGGAGCACAAUUAUAAACUUGAAAAUGUGUUAAUAAACCAAUUAGGCACAUUUUGGCAGUCUUGCGACAACAUUUUGAACUGUUAUGCAAUGGUUCAUUGGAUUAAUCUAAAACUUUGCGCGUGCACUGCUGCCAUCUAGUGGCCGAAAUCUAAAUUGCGCCUGGGUUGUAGUAAUACAUUAUGACCUUUCUCUUGCAUUUCAAAGAUGAUGAUACAAAAAAAAAAUUUAAAAUCUUUUAUGAGAUCUAAUGUGUUAUUCUCCUACAUUUAUUUCACAUUUCCACAAAGUUCAACGUGUUUCCUUUCAAAUGGUAUCAAGAAUAUGGGGGCAGGGUAGCCUAGUGGUUAGAGUU